GCGGCGGCGGCGGCGGCAACGCGGAGCGCCGCGGCGGACAGCACCGCAGACCCGCGAGCUCCGGCGCAGGCGGCGCGACCGGCCGACGAGCGGCCCCCCGGCUCCUCGCGGCGCAGCGGCCCCGCGCCGCGCUCGGCCCGAGACCCGCCUCCGCCGCCGGCCUCGCGAGGGGAGCCGCGCCGGGCGGCCGAGGAUCGGCGGCCGCGGCGCGUCGGGCCGGGCGAAAGUGCCUGUGGGGGGCGGGCGGGCGCGCGGAGCCGGCCGCCCCGGGGCUCGGCGCGGGAGCCGGAGCGGGAGCCGGCGCGGAGCGGGACGCCGCGUCCCGAGCGGCCGGCGGCCGGAGCUCGCCCCCGCCCCUCCCUCCUCUCCUCCGGUGGCGGCGGCGGCGGGCGGAGUGAGCUGCGGAGCCUGGAAUAUGGUCGGGGAAAUGGAAACGAAGGAGAAGCCGAAGCCCACCCCAGAUUACUUGAUGCAGCUGAUGAACGACAAGAAGCUCAUGAGCAGCCUGCCCAACUUCUGCGGGAUCUUCAACCACCUCGAGCGGCUGCUGGACGAAGAAAUUAGCAGAGUACGGAAAGACAUGUACAAUGACACAUUAAAUGGCAGUACAGAGAAGAGAAGUGCAGAAUUGCCCGACGCUGUGGGACCCGCUGUUCAGUUACAAGAGAAGCUUUAUGUGCCUGUAAAAGAAUACCCCGAUUUUAAUUUUGUUGGGAGAAUCCUUGGACCUAGAGGACUAACAGCUAAACAACUUGAAGCUGAAACAGGAUGUAAAAUAAUGGUCCGAGGCAAAGGCUCGAUGAGGGAUAAAAAGAAGGAGGAGCAAAAUAGAGGCAAGCCCAAUUGGGAGCAUCUAAAUGAAGAUUUACAUGUACUAAUCACUGUGGAAGAUGCUCAGAACAGAGCAGAAAUCAAGCUGAAGAGAGCGGUUGAAGAGGUGAAGAAGUUACUGGUACCUGCAGCUGAAGGAGAAGACAGCCUGAAGAAGAUGCAGCUGAUGGAGCUUGCAAUUCUGAACGGCACCUACAGAGACGCUAACAUUAAAUCACCAGCCCUUGCCUUUUCUCUUGCAGCGACUGCCCAGGCUGCGCCAAGGAUCAUCACUGGGCCUGCGCCUGUCCUCCCGCCAGCUGCUCUGCGCACACCUACACCAGCUGGCCCUACCAUAAUGCCUUUGAUCAGACAGAUACAGACCGCUGUCAUGCCAAACGGAACUCCUCACCCAACUGCUGCAAUAGUCCCUCCAGGGCCUGAAGCUGGGUUAAUCUACACACCCUAUGAAUACCCCUACACGUUGGCACCAGCUACAUCAAUCCUUGAGUACCCUAUUGAACCCAGUGGUGUGUUAGGUAUGGCUUUCCCAACGAAAGGCUAAGAAUUCAAGAACGGUCUUAACCGAACCCUCAUCAGAUCUGAAUUUAACAAAUGCUUAGUCUCAGCAGCCUCCGGGAAAAACCUUAGCCUAGCAGUCAGUGACUUACUUGCACUUUUUGCACAUAGAUAUAAAGUAAAAUGAUGCUAUUAAUUUGGAUUAGUCUGUAAUACUGCAAAGCAACGGUAAUUUAUAAAGGAGUGUAUAGAAGUAAACUGACUGCUAAGUACUGUACUGUUUGCUUUACUAAUCACCUAAUUCAUUGCAGUUCAUACUUAUUGACUCAAAAGUUUAAAUCCACAAUCUGUAGGCUUUAAUUAAGAGUUGCUUUUUAAACCUUUUAUAAGUGAUAAACUAUGAAAGUUAAGGUUAGCAAAAUAAUUGUCAGUAUUAAAUGUGGCAUUAUUUAAGUAGUCCUGCUGCAAGAGAGGCACUUCAGUGAAUGCGUGACUAGUAAAGCUCAGACACGUCGGUUCUGACAGCUCAUGAGAUACUGUGACCUGGGGACUGUAAAUGAAGAGGUGCCGUAGAUAGAAGGCCAACCUGUUUGCAAUGAAUGCAAUAUUAGUAGAUACAUGACAUACUACAGCUGAGUUUAAAACUACUGUGCCUUAACUUGUUUCUUAAGCUUUUGUAGUAAGUGAACCUUUGAGAUCCAUUUUGAUAAACCUGCUGUCAAUGUUUCCCUUAUGUAUGUUUUCUAACUUUGUCUUGGUAAUUGCAAUUUAACUAGGUGCGGUGGCUACUAAAGUUCGAAGGCACGAUAUGCGUGUCCAUCCUUACCAAAGGAUUGUGACCGCAGACCGAGGUUAGUUUAGUUCUGCAGUUCUUGUUUAUAAGCAAUGUGCUGAGUGUCCAUAAAGUUUGCAACACCACACCUGAUGGGGAAAUGUAACUGUUUACCUGCACACCGCUUUCUUUUCCUUCCCGAAAUUAAUUUAAUAAUUGAUUGAUUUAAGGUUGGUUUGGUUUUGUGGUUUUGUUUAUGGUUUUCUUUUUUGGUUUGGGUUUUCACACUUCCCCUUUAUAUUUUAAUUUAUUAAAUCUUCUAUUAGUUUGUCCUAAGAUUUAUUCCAGCUAAGACAUAAAUUAGUCUAUUUGGGGAACUAAUAAAUGUUUACAUUACCAUAGCAGUUUUUAGUAAUAAUUGUUGCUGAAACUUUCCCUUUAAUUAUUCUGAAUAUUUUGGUUGGUACUGCAAAAUGAACAGAUAAUGUUUUUAUGAGAGCAGUAAAGAGAUUUUGCUUCCAUGUAAUUUUAGAGAAAACUGAAGAUUUAGUGUCCAUUUUUCUAUAUUAUAAAACAUUGAGCCACUAUAUAAAUUAUGAGGGUAUACAUGUCAACUACAUUGCUAAAAUCAUCAGUCAGGACUGUGAAGAUAAUUUUCAUCUAGGUGGAUACUUUAUGAAUAGAAAACGAGUUCCCUCUUACUCUAUUUUCUUACCAAAAUGGAUCCUUUGCGUUUUGUCAUUUGCUGCUAAAUUACAGUCCCCGAAGAUAAACUGUCCUGAAGUUCUGUGGUAUGCGAGAUCCAGCUAUUUGGAUAUCCUUUUUGACUAACCUGUGACUGGAAACAAGUCUUCACUUUUCUCACUUUCAUAUUUGUAACUUGUGCCCUAUGUAUGCCCUUGGGCCCAUUUUUAAAUUAUUUAUGAUUAUUUGAGGAGUGGUAGUUUCGGUUUUUUGGCAUUGAAUUUUUUUUCUUUUUUCUUUUUUUUUUUUUUUUUUUUUUUUACUUUUUUUGUGUGAUUCUUUUGUUUUUUGUUUUUAAUUGCAAGAUUGGAAUCCCAAGCAUAGUAGAAAAGGAGCUGUCUCACUUAACAUGGUUACUCUGAUCUUGAAUAACCACAAUAAAUACUGCACACAAUUGCUUUGUGUAUGAGAAAUAAAGUACCCUUCCAAAGACAUCAGUGAUACUUAUUUAGUAUCAUACUAAAAGAGUCCUGAAAACUUUAGCUAACAUACAUUUUUGUAGUAGUUAUUCAUUGAACAAACUCGGGGCAUAUUAUAACAAUAAUACUCCAUGCAGUUGUGCUAACGUGAGCUGUCAGCCAUUCUGUCAGAGUCGCAUAGAGUUGAGGGAGGGAGGAAGGAAGGUUACUUGAGAUGUGGGCAGUCUCAUACAUAAUCUGAAGCUGUAUCAUACUGCUAAAGUCUAACAUUAUUAUCUUACAGAGUGUUUUGAUUUUGAGGUAAUUUUUCACCCACGUCCCCUUAGGUUUUUCUUUCCCCAUGUAGCUCUUAGAUUUGUUGUUGUUGUUGUUAACACAACAAUCCUUUCUCACUUUGUACUCCAGAGCCUUCAGAUAGUUGAGAAUAUUAAACCAAGAUCUUACUGUAUUUGGAAGAUGACAACACAUUCCAUACAUGGCUCAUCUGGAGCUGUGUUUAUUUUGAUUAGUUCUGUGUGUAUACAAAAUGCAGUGUCAGCAAACCGAAACAGUUUUUAUUCCCUCCGCUCCAUCCCAAACUUUUCCUUUCUUCUAGAAACAGAUCACUUAUGCACAAGAUCACCACAUGUACUCACUGGGUCGAGGGAGAGGACUGAAGCCCUUACCUUAUGUUAUUUUAUGAUACUACUGUUGUCUCUUUUUAUUUUUACUCCUUUAAGGAGAGGAUUAUUAUUAGCAUUCAUUUGAUUCCAGGAAGCAGCCCAAGGACAGAUAACCAUGUAACUGUAUGUGAACAUUUAGAGUAGUUGCAUGGUUGACAAGUAUCUAGUUGCUUACUAAAAACAAACCCUCCUCCAUACUUAUUUCAGAAUUGGCUCGAAACUUAAAGACAAGUGAUUUUAUAGUUGUAAGGAACUAUAAGUGAUUUGGCACAGUUGACAUCCCUGUGUGUAGUGUAGGAGUCCAGGACAUGUAGUGUAGACAUACUAGAUAUGAUGAUGUCCUUUUUAAAUAACCCACACUUAAACAUAAUCAGAAAUCAUUGAAGUCAUGAUUUGACAAAAACCAUUACUUAUACAAAUUUAAGACUUUGGGACAUUUUUGUUUUUGUUUUAAAUUUAAAUAAAAUUUUGCUUCCUUUUAAGAAAUUCAGGGAAGAUUUGAUUAUAUUGAAGAUACAAUAUUUUUGUAGUAUUUAUAAACUGUCCUAAUUGAUAGACUAUAGAAACCAUUUUUGUCAUACAAAGGUCAAUAGGUCUAUUAUAUAGAACAUUUAAACCCUGUGAACAUCACAUCUACUAGGUUUGGUUUAUGAAGUGGCAUAGAGUCUAACCUUGCACUGAGCAUCUUUCCAUUCACACCUCUUCUGCCUUUGUCUCAACGGCAACAGUACAGAAAGUUCUGUCAAACCUCAGAAUAUAGUAGAAAUAAUUAAGCUGUUGAAUGAGUCUUAAAAAAAUCAUACUACUGUUAAGUGGACCAAGUUUGGUGAAGUAGAAUGUGAGAGGAGGAUUACAGAAGGAGCUACUCAAGGAUUUGUGGAGUGAUGACUUUUCCACUUGAGAACUACUUUGUUUUACUGUAAUUUUUUUUUAAUUUUUUUUUGUUCUUUUUUGUUACUUUGCAAAAGAAAAUAGUAUUUACAGGUGGCUUCUUUUAAAAUAUAAAAAUAUAAAGCAGGAAUGUAUAUGAAAUGUCAGAUUUUAUUGUAUUUGCAGAGUAUUAGCUUUGAAAUUGAAUAAAGAAAGCUGUUUGUAGUUUUAAAAAUGCCUUCUUGGUAUCAGUUAGAAAUUUCUUCUAUUUUUUAUGUACUUAGAGUUCUUUGAGGUAUAGAGUUUUAAAUGGCAGGAUUUUACAGUGUUUACAUGCAAGUGCAUUUUAUAAGUGUUCUAUAUGUGUAAAUUAGUAUUUUCAACUGGAAAAUGUUGGCCGGUGCAAAAGGCCUGGCCUUUUUCUGGUUCCCAUGAUGUUGCCUACACUGCUAGACUACAGUAUUGCUUUGUAUCAUGAGGCCAAGAAAUUCCAUGUUGUUUGUAAAUAGAAUAAUUGAAAAAGCAAUAAACAUUUAUUGAACAAAAGAAA